GUCGACUGUCAGCCGGUCUCAGUCAGCGUGUCGCGCGGCUGCCAAGUAGAAGACAGGUUCGCCUACUUUCGAAUGUGCCUCACCACGACCGGCGCCUACGUCUACUGCCCAGUGCCCUUAUCGACGUACAUCUACGUCGACCCGAUGAAGGCGAUUAAACGCGAUAACCAGGUCCGACAGCGCUCUGGCCUGCCGCCAGUCUGGCUACCGGCAGAGCGUCAGAAACGCAUCAAACUGGCCCGCCAUGGCCUCAGCCUGGGACUCGGACCAGGCUCGGUUUCGGCGUCUGGAUCUGGCCAAAGCUUGGGGGAACCUUUCGACCUGGCCCGUGAGCUAGCAAUGGAGACGGCAGCCCUGUCGAUAUUUGCGUUCGCCAUGAAUGGACAUCUGGUGAAGCUGCGCUCCGGCUGUCUGGUAGGCAGCUACGAGGGUGACGAGGAGGCUUACGAGGAGUUCGCAUUAGCGCACAUUCGAGACAGACGCGACAUUACAGUCGUAAAAGUGGGUACUCCUGUUGACUUUAGUCUGGCCAGAUAG